GCAGAGAGCCGCUGCGACGGGACGGGACGGGACGGGACGGGACGGGACGGGACGGAGAGGAGCAUAGCGGAGCCGAGCCGAGCCGCCCCAGCGGGGCUCGCCAUGGAGUACACACCGCCCCCGAAGCCGCAGCUCUCGUCGCGGGCCAACGCCUUCUCCAUCGCCGCCCUCAUGUCGAGCGGCAGCUCCAAGGACAAGGAGGCCGCCGAGAGCACCAUCAAGCCUCUGGAGCAAUUCGUUGAGAAGUCCUCCUGCGCGCAGCCUCUGAGCGAUCUGUCCGGCCUGGAGCCCCACGGGGACUUCAGCGGCAGCCCCUCGGCCCUGUGUACCGAGCCCCUCAUCCCCACCACACCCAUCAUCCCCAGCGAGGAGAUGGCCAAAAUCUCCUGCAGCCUGGAGACCAAGGAGCUGUGGGACAAGUUUCACGAGCUGGGCACCGAGAUGAUCAUCACCAAGUCCGGCAGGAGGAUGUUUCCCACGAUCAGGGUUUCUUUCUCGGGAGUGGAUCCUGAAGCCAAGUACAUCGUGCUAAUGGAUAUCGUUCCGGUGGACAAUAAGAGAUACAGAUAUGCCUACCACCGCUCCUCCUGGCUGGUGGCUGGCAAAGCCGACCCUCCUCUCCCAGCAAGGCUGUACGUGCACCCCGACUCCCCGUUCACGGGUGAGCAGUUGAUGAAGCAGAUGGUGUCGUUCGAGAAAGUGAAGCUCACGAACAACGAGCUGGAUCAGCAUGGCCACAUCAUUUUAAACUCCAUGCACAAGUACCAGCCAAGAGUCCACAUCAUUAAGAAGAAAGAUCACACGGCUUCUUUGUUAAAUCUGAAAUCUGAAGAGUUCAGGACGUUUAUCUUUCCAGAGACAGUUUUUACUGCUGUCACAGCCUACCAGAAUCAAUUGAUAACCAAGUUGAAAAUUGACAGCAACCCUUUUGCCAAAGGAUUCCGCGACUCUUCCAGACUCACUGAUAUCGAGAGGGAAAGUGUGGAGAGCCUUAUCCAAAAGCAUUCCUACGCCCGAUCCCCGAUUCGAACCUAUGGUGGAGAAGAUGAUCUUGGAGAUGACAGCCAGGCAACACAAAGCAGAGGAUCAGCUUUUACAACAUCUGAUAACCUGUCCCUCAGUUCCUGGGUAUCCUCUUCAACCAGUUUUCCUGGAUUUCAGCAUCCCCAGUCUUUGAGUGCCCUGGGUACCAGCACUGCAUCCAUUGCUACACCUAUUCCUCAUCCAAUCCAAGGAUCCUUGCCUCCAUACAGCCGCUUGGGAAUGCCUCUUACACCCUCUGCAAUAGCCAGCUCCAUGCAAGGUACUGGCCCCACUUUCCCUUCUUUCCACAUGCCAAGGUACCAUCAUUAUUUUCAGCAGGGUCCUUAUGCAGCCAUCCAGGGACUGCGUCACUCCUCCGCAGUGAUGACACCAUUUGUAUGACUGAUGUAAGAUGACAGAAACAUAAGAUUUUAAAUGUGCAAGCAUGGUAUGAAAAAAUACAAGGGACCUUCUCAAAAGGUCUGUGGUGGGAGACUGCUGAACUCAAACCAGCUAAGAAAACGCAUUGUGGAGAUUGAUUCCUCCAUUGAGGGAUCACAAGAAGAGAGCAUGCAGCUUGGAGCUGCUCACAGACCUAUGUGUAACACAGUCAAAACAGAUCCCAGAGUUCCCAGGAUUUCUGGUCACGUGCAGGUUGUUCCAAAGGUUUGUUCUGCCUAGUGGAAAGAGACUAUGUUUAUGCAGCAGUGUACAAAUUAAUUGUGUAUGUCUUUUUCUGUAUGCUAGAAGGAUUCUGAAAAAGGCAAUACUUUUAUUCAUCCUCACCUCUUCUUGUGACUAAUGGGCAUCUAAGCAGAAAAAUGUAUCAUUGUAACUUUGAGCAUGUUUUAGGCUAUCUCAGCAUGCAUUUGCUGGGAAUGGUACAAAGUGGAGAAAGCCACUGUCCUUUUUAAAGUCUAGCUUAUACUUGCCAAGAGCAGUAUUUCAUAAUUGCUACUAUAAUCUCAUAGAGAAAAUCAUUAGCAAGUCUUUCUUUCUUUUAUCUUUUGUUUCUUUCACAAAACACUUAACAGUUCCGAGAAGAACUGUGUUACAGGACGGUAGCUGUAAUGAUGUAUUCUGUUCUGCUUGUCUCAUAUCCUAGGAGGAGCAAUUUAGCAGUCCAUUAAGAUAUGGUGAAGGAAAACAUAGAGUUUUAGAAAAUCUGUUGCUUUUAAACUCAGAAACUCAAGACACUAAUUUUUUAAGCCAAAGCUACUGUUUGCUGCUGUGCUUGCCAUCUGUGUCCAGCUGCAAAUGGGUACCAUUAGUUAACAGAAUUUCAGGUUAGAUCAGUCUAUAUCUAGACUCUAGAUCACACUAUAAUCAAUAGAUUCAUAUACAAAUAACAGUAUCUUGGAGUGUCUUUCUACUUAUUCUGUUUUCUUGGAUUUGGUCAUAGGUGUUACUAGACAAGCUGUUUGGCCAGGACACGAGAGUUGUACUGUUGAGUUUUUCAAGUCCCAGUUUCCUCGGGGAAAUAUCGAUGAGAUUUGCCUGUAAUUUUUUUAUUUUAUUUUUUUUUAAUUCAUAUCUGCCUUAUUUUAGUUAGUAAGAAGAGUUCUCAUCGAAAAUACUGUCCACUUUUUGUAGUACAUUGUGUCUGAUGCAACAGAGGAUCCGUGGAUUCAUAGGAAAAAAUGAGCUCUGCAGAGAGCUAGCAUGAAUCCUUUGCACUGUUGAAAAGAGAACUGGUGUGAUGCUGGUUUUCCGCCUGGUGGAAACUACGAUUUCACUGUAAAUAAGAAGUCAAAACAGAUUUUCUGUGUGUUGUUGCAUCCAAGUUAUAGACGGUAAGACAUCAAUUGGUAAAAAAAGGACUUGCAAUCCAAUCUUAUAUAUUAGAAGAUUUGUGUAGAGCUGGAACAGAUUGAAAAACAGACAUUUUGGCACUAUUCUCCUCUACUCUUGACCAAUGGAUGUUGGCAACAUAAAAUGAGAAGUACAGCGCAGUACACUGAGUGAAGUGCAGGGCAAGUCACCAGCUUUUGUUGUUGUCCCAGUGCCUCAUCAUACCAGCCUGGUCACAGACAGCAGUGACAACAUUCCAGACUUUUCCCAGCUUCUAUUAUAGGCCAAUGCAUACACUCAAAGAUAAGGACCAUCUGUGUAUUUUCCAGUAGUUGAAUUUAAGAUCUUGCAAAUUGGCCAUUACAAUCACCUUAGUCAUGUGCAGUAUCAUCCUAAUUUCCCUUUACUCAUUGUUGGGCAUGCUAAUAAAAAAUGACCUGGGAAAAUCUGCAGCUGUUUUGCUCUGCAUGUGAAUGAAACCAAACCUCUUUUUGCAGUCUCUGGGUUUAGCACUACUACAAGCAGGUCUGUGAAAACAUAUAACGAGCCAAACUCUGCAGUUUUAAAGUGGUUUAGAAUCAGACACUGACUAAAUUGUCUUGAUAUGUCUAAACAUUAAAAUUUGCUCUAGGUUAUAGAUUCAUCUGGAAAGUGCAUAUUGCAAGGUUGUGCAUACUCAUGACCUGUUCUAACAUAAAAAUACUAGUUUUCAUGAAAUCAUAUGAUAGAUAUAUGAUUCUCACCCUUCUGUGGGCAGCAAGAGAGCGGUUCCAAGAUGAAAUUCCUGCUCAUCUUAAGACAGUGGUAAAUUUCUUGACUGUAAACAAGACAGGAUUUCAUUCAAAUUUACAUUCUUUCCCCAAAAUAAAGUCUAUCUGUAUGGAUGGUGGUUAUGACAGCAGCAAUAUAGGAACUUUGCAGAACAGACUGAAAAACAGCUAUUAAUCAACUUCAGCACUGACUGCAUAACUGGAAGAACAUUAAUGUAAAUGUGUAAUUAAUUGGUUAAGGAACAAAAUUGUUUUGUUUAAAAUUGUACUACUUUGAAAAUAACUCAGUAAUUUAUUUAAGGAGUUGCUGUACCGCUGUCACAAUUCUAUCACUUUCAGGAUAGAACAUCUGUUGCUGGUAGAUGUUCUAGGAAUGCCAAAUGUAAUCUAGAGUUUAUUUUCCAAUAUAAUUCACAUUUUAUAUCCCACGAGAAGUGCUCUUCAUGUUUAUGAGCUAUCUUGGCUGAGCAAACUUGGUGCUGCUUAGUGUUUUUUUUUAUUAUUGUUUUAUUGAAGAAGGGUGGAGAGAACAUGCCUGAAUGUGCUUUUCAAAAAGAAUGAUAAGAUUAUUUUCCAAAGUGUUAAAAGUACUUUUGGGUGUUUUCUGGAUUACCCUUUUAUCCUUAGACAGUUAACAGCCUUAGGUCUUUUAUCCAACAAAAGCAACCCAGGACUAACAAAACUGACAUAAAUACGCUUGUAUGUAUAUAUUUUUUUCUUCUAGUUUUGGAGCCCUGAGACAAGCUAGAAUCAAAAAGCAUUUUAAAUUUGGCUGUUGUUUUUGUGAUGUUGGUUUACAUGGCCUGAGGAACUCUCAAAGAUAAAAAUUCAGUCUCGCUGGUUUCAGGGUACUCUCCAGACAGAAACAGGCAAACACUAAGUGGAUAAAGGUGCAGUUUUUAAUGGAAAUGCUUCUCUGUGAGUUCAACUAUAGUGUGCUGUAUGAUAACUAACAUCCUUGUAGUGGAGCCUAAAAAAUGCAGUGGAAAAUUUUUCCCCAGAAGGCUUUAUUCUUGGAUAAAAGGAUACACACAUGCAGCGUGCACCUGAAGGUUGUGACACUGUAUGAACAUGUACACGCAUGAAGAUGGUGCAGCUUCCAACAUCCAACAAAUACUAACUGGUAUUUGAAAACGAACCUCUUCCAAAUUGAAAAAAGUCUGGGCUGGCAACUUGACUAUAUGCUACAUCCUCUGUAUGCGCACGUAUGUUAUAAAGAAACAGAAAUAUCAGUGAAAAUUAUUGCAAAAACAUGGGGAGCUUUCCAAAAUUGGAAGGUAAUGAAGCUGUGGUAAUUCCUUCCUGGAUAAGAGGCAGAGAGACAGUGAGAUCAGUGUCACACUUCGGGCUCCUUAUGUGGAAGGAAGCCUUGGCCUCAGAGCUUAUGCUCAUCAUCUGCAGAGAGGUGAUGUCCACUCACUGCAAGAUUGUGUUUCAUUUUGCUGAGAAGUUUUUCUCACCAUUCCCUACAGAGUGCUUUCUGCUGCAGAAGAUGUGGUUUCUGUACUAUUUACUUGCUGGCCAGAGGAUUUAUGCAUUACUCUGUGAUACACUGUCCCCAAAUAUAGUCUUUAGUUUAUAAAAUAACAACUUCUUUUCCUUUAUUUUAUCUUUCUAAAAGAAACUAAGCAGUGAUUUAAGUAAACUUUGAAUUAACUUUUUAUAAUACUUUAAGGACAAAAAAUACAGUUUGCUGUAUUUUACCUUUAGCACAUAUAAACAACAUUUUUUUUUUCAAUUGUACCUUCAGAAACAUGAGGAAAGAUUUGGUUUAACAAUAAGGAAGGUAAAAACUGGAUGUAAUCUCUUUAACAGAAUGUACCACAGUUCUGCUGUUUGCUGUGUUGACUUUGUUGUUUAUAAUGCAUUGCGUGAGCACAUUCACCAUGUACUGAAGUGUGUGUUUGUGUGUACGGGGUGGGCAGGGGGAAAUCUUUUUAUGGAAAAAGAAGUUAUGAACAUAAACUAUGAAGCAACAUCUAAUGAAAAGUUUCUUUUUAAGUGCAAUAUAUUUAUUUCUGCUAGAAAUAUAAUAUCAACAUUAUGUAAUAUUUGAAGCAUUAAAUGUUAUUUGUAAACAGCUUAAAAUUAUAUAUAUAUAUCACAAAAUUGUACAGAAGUGCAAAUGUGUGGAUAUUCAGUUUCUUUCAUUAAAAUAUUGGGUGUUUUGAUAUAUCA